CUAAAAGCUUCUUAUCUUCUACUACAAUGGCGAAAACCCUAGACAAAUCUAAGAAACGCAAACUCGUGAAAUCCAAAUCCAAAAAACUCGACAAGAAACAGAAGAUUAACAAACAACCUGAAUCAUCGACGCCAUAUUCAAGUUCAAGCUCAAGCUCUGAUUCUAGCGAUUCGGAAUCAGACAACGAAUUCGACCCAGAAGAGCUCCGUGAGCUUUUACGACCUUAUUCCAAAGAUCAGCUCGUCGACCUCGUUUGUUCCGCUGCUCAAAUCGGAUCCUCGAUCUAUUCCGCCGUCGUAGAAGCUGCAGAUCGUGAUGUUACCCAUAGGAAAAUCUUCGUUUAUGGUCUUCCUUGGGAGACGACUCGCGAGACUCUUGUUGAUGUCUUUGAAGGCUAUGGAGAGAUUGAAGAGUGUACCGUUGUUAUAGAUAAGGUUACUGGUAAGGCUAAAGGAUUCGGAUUUGUUAUGUUUAAGACGAGGAAAGGAGCGAAAGAAGCGCUUAAAGAACCGAAGAAGAGGAUUCUUAAUCGAACAGCGACUUGCCAGCUUGCUUCUAUGGGGCCUGCUGCGUCGGGAAAGGGGCAAGAUCAGGCUGGUCCGGUGAAGAUUAGUAUGGGUUCGAUGGUUAAUCAGGGCCAGUCUCAGCAACAGCAGGUGCAAGGGCAACAUAUGUUUAACGGUGGUGGAAUGGCUGCAUCGCCGUUUAUGUUAGGGAAUCAAUACCAUCCGGUUUAUGGAGCCGGAAUGUUGGCGAAUCCAGCUUUAGCAGCAGCAGCUGGUGGAGGUUACAUGUAUCCGAUGUUAGCUGGUGCUCUAGCUCAUGGCGGGAUGGGUUCUGAUUUGGUACAGUCUAGUCAAAUGGGUGGGAUUGGUGACCCAAGCGUUGGUGCUGCUGAGGGACGGGUAAAGAUUCGGAUGCUGGUGGCUCAUCCUUUCAUGGCUACUCAAACUAUUCAUGAUGAUGUGAGCUGAGCAUGAGAAUGAUAAACAUGCAGUUCUGGG